UAGUUGGAGUUAUUGUUAAAUUUAUUAUAAAUUUGAUAGAAACACCACCAAAAUUCUUCAAAUUAAAACUAACUACAAUCUAACUAUCUUGAUUAUGGAAUGCAUUCAAUGGUGUUUAGAUAUUAAACUUAACCUCAAAAAUAAUGUGGUUAUAUGAAGAUUGUGUAGAAAAGAAAAAUAUAUGGUAGGGAGUAUGUUAAUAUAGAAAAAUUACCACCUGAAAAACAAUUCAUCUGAAAGAAGCGCAGAUUCUGUCAUCUAUCCUGUCAACAAAGAAGAAAUCAAGAGAGCAAGGACAGUGAUUUCCCCUGCGUUGCAUUUGUCUUGAAGAUCAGUCAGAAAGAGAAACUCGGCAUCAUCUGUGACAGACAGUGGAACGAAAAAUGCCAGUGAAAUGCUGUUUCUACAGGUCACAAACUACGGAAGCAAUGACAUGGUCUGAAAAUAUGGACACACUUUUAGCCAACCAAGCUGGUCUAGAUGCUUUUCGAACAUUUCUAAAAUCAGAGUUUAGUGAAGAAAAUGUUGAGUUCUGGCUUGCCUGUGAAGACUUUAAGAAAACGAAAAAUGCAGAAAAAAUUGCUUCCAAAGCCAGGAUGAUUUAUUCUGAAUUCAUUGAAGCUGAUGCACCUAAAGAGAUUAACAUUGACUUCAGCACCAGAGACCUCAUCUCAAAGAAUAUUGCUGAACCAACACUCAAAUGCUUUGAUGAGGCUCAGAAAUUAAUCUAUUGCCUCAUGGCCAAAGAUUCUUUCCCUCGAUUUCUAAAGUCAGAGAUUUAUAAAAAACUGGUAAAUAGCCAACAGGUUCCAAAUCAUAAAAAAUGGCUCCCUUUUUUGUGAGGAAGGUAAAAGUUAAUUAGUCACUGUACUUCAGGGCUACAAUAUUUUAAAUACACAAGCACAAUGCAUUGUCUUCUGUUUUGUUUAGGAUUUAGAAAACAUUUUUUACCCAUGUUUUAUAUAUCAAGCCUGAAUUUCUAACUCAUUUGUUUAGAACGUAUUUGCUUUACCAGCUACUUAAUCUCCUACAGGGGGAGUACAAAGAAAGUUUAUGGAGAUACAAUAUAGUCUUAAACCAAAACUGAACACUCUUAUUACAUUAUAAUGUAAGAAAUUGUACAUAUCUUCACGUGGCAGGAAAGACUUUUGAGCAUCAUAUACACAAUUUUAAAUACCAUUGCUUUAUUCAAAAAAACUCACUUUUGUAAAAAGAGAAUUUCUGAACCAAAAUACAAGCCUUCAUUUAACAUAUUUAACUGGUUUUUUCCUACAAUUUCUUUCCAACUAUUUCUAAUAAUUUGGUGGUUAUAGAAACUGCUAUGCCUCUCAAAUUUUUUUUUUAAAUCACAGAAAUGUAUACACAUUUAUAUGUAUGUCUUGAAUGCACCAUAGACUGAAGUUUUUUAAAAUAUAUCACUUGGCUCAAUUCAAUGGCAUCACAUAUGAAAUGUGAUGAGUUAUGUAUGAAAAAGGCCUCAAGGGUGGGGAAUACUGAUUUUCUUAUAUUAACAGAAAUGUAAAAGAAAGUGGAAGACUAAGGAGCAUGGAUAAAUCCUUAUAAGAUGAAAUAUAUAGCAAGUCAUAAAAUUUAAAAAUUUGUAACAUUAUCUACUCAAUUGUGGGGAAGUAUCUAUUCACUCCUUCAGCACUGAUACUUGUUUAUAAAACCCAAACAAUUUUUUAAAUGCGUUUAUUUUGAGAUGUUCCUAAAAAUUGUUUAAUUCUAUAUGUAAAUAUCCUGUGAUAAAUAUGAAUAAUUUCAUUUCAAUAUGAGAAGCUGUAAGGAUUCAACAGAUCUCCCAUGUUUCCAUUUUCUUUGCACAGAUUUAUUUAUCUGUAUUGGUAUUUCUACUUUUAGAUUGUUUGAACAUUAAAAAAUGGAGGAAAAAUAGCAUGGCUUAUUUUAUGUUUUCACAAACUACUCAUUUGAUACACAAAAUUUUGUCUCUCCUUCGUCAUGAAAAAUAAACAUUUAAACAUAUGCAAAUGGAAUAUUCCCUGUACAUUUGCAAAUUCUUUAAAAGAAGACAUAAA